UGAGUCGACACUGGGGGCAUAUUGGACGCGCUGGAUGGCUGCUGCACUUAGCGAACCGGCCUGAAUUGUUUUUCCAUCAUCAUCUUUCUCUACCUUUGAGCCUUAAAACAAAACAGUAACUGCAGCAACAAUGACAGACCCGGUGACCCAAGAGUCCUACCCUGUCCCAGACCCGACUAUUGUGGAUCCCUGCCCGGCCACGGUGCGGAACGGCCAGUGCGCCCCGGAUGGCUUCACCAACAACCAUCACCACCAAGCCAAACCCCCCAGCCAGUCAGAGACGUUCACCGCGGGCCAGGAGAUGAAAAUCACAGACAGUGUGGAGGGAGAAGGUCUCCUCGAGAGCAGCAUGCGUCUGAAGCCCCACGAGGCUCAGAGCUACAGGAAGAAGGCACUCUGGGUCUCCUGGGUCUCCAUCGUGGUCACACUCAUACUGGCGGUGGCAGCUUUCACUGUAUCAUUUAUGAGACACAGCGCGUCAGCCUUUGGAUUUGCCUUUGAUGCUACGCUGGACGUCCUGUCAUCAGUCAUUGUCCUUUGGCGCUACAGCAAUGCAGCAGCUGUGCACUCUGCACACAGAGAGUAUAUAGCAUGUGUAGUCCUUGGGGUUGUGUUCAUUCUCUCCUCCCUGUGUAUUAUUGGAAAGGCCAUCCAUGAUCUGGCUACCAGGGUGCCCCCGGAAGUGGAUGACUUUCUCUUCAGUGUGUCUAUAGUGAGUGGGCUCACGUGUGCUGUGCUGGCUGUGGCCAAGUUCAUGCUGGGAAGAGUGCUGACUAGCAGGGCACUUAUCACUGAUGGCUUUAACUCUUUGGUCGGUGCUAUUAUGGGAUUUUCCAUUCUGAUCAGCGCCGAAGUCUUCAAGCAUCACACUGAUGUGUGGUUUCUGGAUGGCACCAUUGGAGUUCUCAUUGGAUUCAUCAUUUUGGCAUAUGGCGUCAAACUCCUGAGGGACAUGGUGCCCCGUGUGAGACAGACGAGGAACUACGAACGCUUUGAGUGAGACACCUGUGUGUUGACCAGACGAGCAGGUUCACACACACACACACAAACACACAGACACACCGACAAACACCUGGCUGCCUCCUGCCCUCCGCCCUCUUCUCUCUGUCUUUCAAACACACUUUAAUCCACACUACCCCUGCACAUUCAGUACAUACAGACUCUAUACACCCAUGUUCUUAUACACAUGAAUAUAUACACACAUGCUGUAUAUACUGUACAUAGUACAUUCAGACAUAAACAAACACACAUGCAUGCACACACACACACAAACGCAGACGCCUGAGAGACUUUGAGGGGAAAGGACAUGAUUGAAGACCACCUCCUGGAAAGAUAACACUUCUCUUCUUCUACACCUAGAACAAGGAAAAGGCUCAAGAACUGAGACUACUGUCCACCAACUGGAGCUUUGGAACCUAGACAUAUUGUACUUGCUGCUUAGAUAACAUUCAUAUCAUCACAGACUACAAUAUAAUCAUUUGUCCUUGUGGGUUCAGCUAUUGUUGUAAUGGGCAUAAUGGGGCUCAACAUGUAUUCAGUUCAGUUUAUUUAUAUAAUUCAUAACAAAAAUGAUCUCAUUGCACUUUUCAUAUAGAGCACGUCUAGGCCAUACUCUUUGUAAUAUUAUUUUCAGAGACCUAACAAUU